AUGAAGAGGGAAGCAACUCAGAUUUUUAAGGGUGAAGAUGAAGUUCUAGAGAAGGAAAUGAGACAGUCCUCACGAGAAUUUAAAGUGUGUAAGAGUGCAAACAGUCCAUUGAGCGGCGCCACGCAUGAACAAGAGGCGCAGGUGACGCUCUUAUUGGCUACAGCCCUUCACCCCUUCAGCCCUUCAGUCUCCCCACUUACGCCCUGCCACAAGAGGUUCAUGAAUGGAUCACCCCAUCACUCAUACUCUCCAAUAAGCUCCCAUUUCCACACUCCGCCCCGCCCCCCCCCCGCCCCCCUCUAUUCCCCAAUUAGGAGCCUAAGGAGAGAGCCGUCACUCAUGCCCCCAGCCGCUCACCACCACCUCCUCACCCCACUAAUCCUCUCCCCACCCCGUCUCUAUCCCACCAAUCCUCGUCGCACCCCCUCCCCACCCCAGCAAGGCUCUAAGGUUCACGCAUUAACGGCUCUCUUCAACCACCAGCGCCACCACAAGCCCCCAGUCUGCCCUCCCUUGCCUUUCCUCAGUCGGUGUCAUGCUACCCUCAAACCCUCAUCACCGCCGCCGCCGCCUCACCUGCUCCCCUGCACACCUCCACCUGCAAUUUGCCGCACAUUUGGCGCUAAGUGUCAAGCAACUUCCCUUAAACAAGACACAGUUAGAAUUAAGAGACACAACCACAAAAAUACUAAGAAAUACGAACUCCAGCACCUUGAGUUUUAUGAUCCUCCUCCAUUACACCUCUCCAAAUGCUCCUAA